AAGGCCUAACCGGAUGUCCUGCGUGUUUUUACCCCAUCUGGCUUCACGUUGGUUUCCGCGUGUUGAUACUGAGGAUCCGCAGAGAAACAAGUUUUUUCGCAUCGCUAGAGACCCAAACUCAGGCCAAAACCAGAGGAAAAUGGACAUGAAGAAAAGGGUUUCCUUAGAGCUCCGGCACCGGUCGCCCACAGAAGUCCAGGAGCUGGUUCUGGAUAACUGUCGCUCCGGAGAGGGAAAGAUCGAGGGUAUCACGGAAGAGUUCUCGAACCUGGAGCUGCUGAGCCUCAUCAACGUCGGCCUGACCAGCGUCGCAGACAUCCCCAAACUGGACAAACUCAAAAAGUUGGAGCUGAGUGACAACAGGAUAUCGGGUGGUCUGGAGCUGCUGGCCGAGCGGCUGGUGAAUCUAACGCACCUGAACCUGAGCGGGAACAAGUUCAAAGACAUCAGUACACUGGAGCCUCUGAAAAAGCUCCCCCAGCUGAAGAGCCUGGACCUGUUCAACUGCGAGGUGACGAACCUGGCGGACUACAGGGACUCCAUCUUUAAGCUCCUCCCACAGCUCACCUACCUGGACGGGUACGACAUCGACGACUGCGAGGCGUCCGACUCCGACGGCGAGGUGGUCGACGACGAGGACGAGGAAGGUUUGGAGGGCGAGUCGGAGGACUUCGAUGAAGAGGAGGACGAAGACGAGGAGGACGUCGUCGCCGAGGAAGACGACGACAGCAACGACAGCAACGAUGAAGAGGAGGGAGAGGUGAACGGAGACGUGGACAGCGAGGAUGACGACGAGGACGAAGAUGAUGACGAUGAUGAUGACGAAGACUCGUCUCCAUCUAAAGGAGAGAAGAGGAAGAGGGACCCUGAAGAGGAGGAUGAGGAGGAGGAUGAAGAUGAUGAUUAAGGACCCUGAAAGCCCCAAGAAUAACCCUCUGACCUCUCGCCCGGUGACCCUUCCCCUCCCUGUCGAUGGCCUCCCCCUGGGGUGCAUCCCAUAAUCCCACACCUCGUUAUCCUGCAAACCAAAACUCCGUUAACUCAUCGAAAGGCCUCAUGUCUCCGUUUCUGGUUUUGCUGAAACUUCAGGCUUUUUAAAUUCCUCUCUUCCUCAGUUCUCAAGAUAUUCCUUUGCAGCAAAAACAGCUGUGUUUCUCUGAAGAUGUUCGAGCUUCAAAUUCACAAAACAUCUCAUAAAAAUCCUCCUCAAGACCGUGUUUGUCAUCAAGGAAUUGUCAGAUGUCUAUCUUGGUUCCGUGUUUCGUCCGUAAUAUACUAAAUCAUGCGUGAUGUACUUCCUCAGAGAAGAACUCGUACGUCAUAUUUUAUAAACCAGAAGAUUCUUUAGUACACAAAACGGCAGAACUCUCAGUUUUAUGACACUCGAAACGGAGCAUUUUUGUUUUGAAAAUGACUGAAAUUAAUCUGAUAAAAUCUUAGAAAAAUCUAAUUAAUUAGGAAAGACAGAAAGCAGUUCGUUAAGCAACAAGCGUUUCUUCACAUUUCACAGAAGCUAUUUAAACUGAAUUCUUUUGUGUUAAAAUGAGGCUUUUUGGGAUCCUGGUAUAAAAUAAUAUUUUCCUUAAAUCAAAACUCAAAGUUUAAAAUUUAGAACAAAACCAGAUUUACUUUCGUGUUUCAGGACAUGGACAGGAUUUAUGUUUCCUGAAAACACAAUGAAGGUUUACGAGUAAAAGCAGCAUCAUUUUUGAAUAAAACUGCAGAAAAACCCGAUUAAAAACACCCUUUUUCUGUCGUCAGAGCCUCAGCUUCAGUUUUUCUCCUAUUUUCCUAGAUCUGAAACAUCCAUCCCGUCACACAAAAAGUCAAAAAUCACUUUUUAUAUUUUUGUAUUUUUUUGUCAAAAGUUUUGCAGAAAAAAAAGGCCAAAAUAAAACUCCUCAUUUACCGUCCUUCUCCCUCCGACAGUCGGGCAUAUUUUCUCCCCCUCCUCAAAGACCCUCCCUCCUCCCCCCCCCACCCCCCGAGGCCGAGUCGCUCAGGGCAAACUGUGUUCUCUCUUUUUUGCCAACAGAGCUUUUUAAAAGAAAUAUUUUUUCAGAGAAAUUGUUUUUUUUUUUGUUUAAUUUUUUGUAUGGUUGCCUGGGGACACUCUCUCUGUCUCUUCUUCUCUCCCCCCUUUACUCCUCCUCUUCCUCUGUCGAGAGCUCCUUCACACUUACACUGACUAGUUGACGUGUUUUCUUUUUUUUUUUUACUUUCUGUAAGUUAAAGGAAAAACAAACAAAAAAAAAACACAGAAAAAGGACUUUGUAAAUAAAAUCUUAACAUUUUG